CUGCGCUCGGCUGCGCUCGGCUCCGGCUCGGCUGCGCGCAUGCGCAGUGUGCGGUGCCGCCGCCAUGAACCCCCUGACGAAGGUGAAGCUGAUCAACGAGCUAAACGCGCGGGAGGCGGAGCUGGGCGUGCAGGAGGCGGUCUCGUGGCACGCGGAGUACAAGGACAGCGCCUGGAUCUUCAUCGGCGGGCUGCACUACGAGCUGACAGAGGGCGAUGUCAUCUGCGUGUUCUCGCAGUAAGUGCGCAGCCCCCAGGCCCGCCACGCCCCUGCCGCUGCCUCGGGUGCUCAGGAGUGUGUUGCAGGUACGGGGAGGUCGUCAACAUCAACCUGGUGAGGGAUAAGAAGACCGGAAAGUCCAAAGGCUUCUGCUUUCUGUGCUAUGAGGACCAGAGGAGCACCAUCCUCGCUGUUGAUAACUUCAAUGGGAUCAAGAUCAAAGGAAGGACAAUUCGAGUGGACCAUGUGGCCAAUUAUCGGCCUCCCCAGGACUCUGAUGACUUGGAUGAUGUUACAAAAAACCUCCAUGCAAAGGGUUGCGGAGUUAAAACGCCACCUCAUACGUCCUCUGAUUCCCUGUCAGAAGAUGAUGGUGCGCCUGUAAAAAAGCCAAAAGGUGAGAGCAGAGAGGAGUGGCCGCAGGCGAGCUCCCAGCCUGGGAAGAGAGCGCCAUCUGUGGAGGAGGCACAUCCCAGGAUCAAGAUUAAGAAGGAGAAGGAGGACCCAGCCUACGAGCGCUACGCCAGCGGGAGCCAGCAGCCCUGGAGGGGCUCCGAGAGGAAGCCUGCAAGCAGAACACAACGGGAAGAGGAUGAGCGGAGGCACCAGAGGCCCCUGGAGAGGAGAGGGGAGAGGAGCUGCCAGGAGCAGCGGGGCCAAGGCGGGUUGUGGGAAGGCAGGCGGGAGGAGGCUGGCAGGAGGGGUGAGUGUUUCGGUAGCCGCCGGGGAGAAUGUCCUGAGGGUGGCCGGGCCCGGGAGCGCAGCCCCCGGGAGCUCUGGCACCGGGAGCGCAGCUCCACCAGGGGCUCCAGCCGCUGCUGACACCCCAAAACCUGCUUGGAGCCUCCCCAGGGACCUCCAGCCGCUUCCACUUGGGUUCCUGUUCCCUCCUGGGCCAGGGCUCUCCUCACCACUGUGGUGUGGACCAGGACAUUCCUUAGUUGCUGUCUGGCCCUUCCUGCAGCCAUGGACUCUCAUCAGGAUGCUGCACUGCAUUGUGGAGGUGGUCCCUGGGAGCAGCAGCAGCAUCCCAUUCCCAGAAUACCUGGGUCUAUAGAGGUGUCCCCCUUGUGCACUGUUGGGAGAGACAGGCUGGUACCUUGUUGGCCUCAUAUGCCGGGACUGGGUCCAGCACUGUCCAGCACCAUGCCUGGAUCCUGUGCUGCAUCCCCAGGGCUGCACUGCUGCAGUGGAGCUGUUUACUGUUGGUUUGCAUUUUGGUUUAAAUGACUUUUAUUAAAAUGUUGCCUGUUAACUCA